CGCCGCCGGAGAAGCACGAGGCCGAGCCGCUAGGGUUUAUCGCCUCCGACCAGAUCACAAAGCCUAGGGUUUUGCGGGCGUUGCUUGCGCGAGAGGAGCGGAGGAGGAGGAGGAGGGGGAGCGAGGAUGAUUCGGCGGAACCAGAGGAUGCGGCGGGAGUACCUGUACACCAAGAGCCUGGAGGGCACCGAGCGGGCGCUGUUCGAGAAGAAGCGCCGCAUCCGGCAGGCGCUCGAGGAGGGCAAGCCCAUCCCCACCGAGCUCCGCAACGAGGAGCACGAGCUGCGGAGGCAGAUCGACCUCGAGGACCAGGAGCGUCAAGGUGCCGCAGUUCCAAAGAGCUUCGUUGAUAAUGAGUACGCGACUGGCACGAUUCGGGAGCCCAAGAUACUCUUGACCACGUCUCGCGAUCCCAGCGCCCCCCUGAUUCAGUUUGUUAAGGAGCUGAAGGUUGUCUUUCCCAACUCACAAAGAAUUAACCGUGGUGGCCAGGUCUUAUCAGCUAUUGUUGAGUCUUGCCGGUCGCAUGAUAUUACUGAUCUUAUUUUGGUCCAUGAACAUCGCGGUCAACCUGAUGGUUUGGUCAUCUCUCAUCUACCACAAGGUCCAACUGCAUACUUUGGAUUACUCAAUGUGGUAACAAGGCAUGACAUCAAGGACAGGAAGACAAUGGGCAAAAUGUCAGAAGCUUACCCCCAUUUAAUACUUGACAACUUCUCAACCAAGAUUGGUGAAAGGACUGCUACUAUUCUGAAGCACCUCUUUCCUGUGCCAAAGCCAGAUUCUAAGCGAAUAAUUACUUUUGCUAAUAGGGAUGACUACAUUUCUUUCAGGCAUCACGUCUACGAGAAACCAGGCGGCCCCAAGUCUAUCGACCUGAAAGAGGUUGGCCCCCGAUUUGAGAUGCGGCUGUACAAGCUCACACUAGGAACUAUGGAACAAAACGAAGCGCCAUGUGAGUUUGAGCUGCGCCCCUACAUCAACACUGCCAAGAAACAAAGGACUCUUGGCGCAUGAAUUGAGUGGACUCGGUUUGGUUGAUGAUCCGCACUGCAGUACAGCGAUUUUUAGUUUGUUUUGGCCCUUCGCGCACAGUAUAAGAGAUCUUUUAGAAGCACAUACUCCUCCGGGAGGUCGAUUAGGAUGUGGGCAUAAAGGCCUUUAUGAUACAAUUAAUAAUUCGAUUCAUUUUCAAUUAGGUCUUGCUUUAGCUUCCUUUCUUCACCGUUUACUUUAAUAGUAGCAACAAUGCACAGGGUAAUGUGUCCUGUAUUACUUAUCCCAAUUUUGUUGCCUGGCGGUUAUUCCAGUGAAGCUUGUAAGAUGUUAGAAUUACAGUUUUAGAGAGACUUGGGCGAGAUGUAUCUAUCAAUAUACUCCCUGCGUCUUCCAUACA